AUGAUGAAAUGCUUUGAGAGACACCCACCUGGCUGCCCCUUUUCCUCAGGGAGCGUGCGGGGAGCCCUCGGGCUCUCACCCCUCCUCCACACCGGCGAGCUGGAGGGCUUGGGGACGUGCAGUGCGCGGGCGCUUACGCUCCUGAGCAGCGCCUUCGGUGCGAGUGGGCUCCUGCUGGUGGGAAUUGCUGUGAGCACUGACUACUGGCUGUACCUGGAGGAGGGGCUGGUUUCCCAACAUAAUCAGAGCACCGAGAUCACCAUGGCUCUCCACUCUGGCCUUUGGAGGGUCUGCUUCGUCGCUGGCCGGGAGAACGGCCGAUGUGUGGCGACAGAGUAUUUCCUGGAGCCUGAAGUUGAGAUUACAACAGAGAACACAGCCAAUAUUCUCAAGAUGAUUCAGACAGCCACCCCCUUUCCGAUGGUGAGCCUCCUCUUUGUCUUCACUGCCUUCAUCAUCAGUAACAUUGGACACAUCCGUCCCCAGCGCACCAUCCUGGCCUUUGUCUCUGGAAUAUUCUUCAUUCUGUCUGGUCUGAGCCUGGUGGUGGGCUUGGUCCUCUACAUCUCCAGCAUCAACGAUGAGGUGAUGAACCGCCCGAGGGAGCCGGAGCUCCACUUCCGCUACCGGUACGGAUGGUCAUUUGCUUUCGCCGCCUCGUCCUUCCUCCUCAAAGAGGGCGCUGGAGUGCUUUCGGUCUAUCUGUUUAUGAAGCGCUACGCAGAGGAAGAGAUGUACCGGCCACAUCCAGCCCUCUAUCGCCCGCGGCUGAGUGACUCGUCUGACCAUUCAGCCCAGUUUCUGCACCCCCAGCCCUGGCAACGGGCACGCAGUGCAUCUGAGAUUUCCAGCGACAUUUCCAUCCAGAUGAAUGAGAGCUUCCCGCCUGCUGUCACCUGUGAUCGUGGGAGGUACUCGACCUCACCCUGCUGAGCAGAAAGAAAACUGGAUGCACUUGCACAGAGUGAAGUUCACUCCAGACCGUCCCAUCACACACUCCCAGGGUCAGACAGAGUGAAGCACCCUCCACGCCGUCCCAUCACACACUCCCGGGGUCAGACAGAGUGAAGCACCCUCCACGCCGUCCCAUCACACACUCCCGGGGUCAGACAGAGUGAAUCUCCCUCCACACCGUCCCAUCACACACUCCCGGGGUCAGACACAGAGUGAAUCUCCCUCCACACUGUCCCAUCACACACUCCCGGGGUCAGACACAGAGUGAAGCUCCCUCCACACUGUCCCAUCACACACUCCCGGGGUCAGACACAGAGUGAAUCUCCCUCCACACGGUCCCAUCACACACUUCAGGGUCAGACAGAGUGAAGCUCCCUCCACAUUAUCCCACCAAUCACUCCUGGGGUCAGAUACAAAUUGAAGCUCCCUCCACACUGUCCCAUCACUCACUCACUCACGGGGUCAGACAGAGUGAAGCUCCCUCCACAUUAUCCCAGCACUUGCUCCCGGGGUCAGACACAGUGAAUCUCUCUCCACACUGUCCCAUCGCUCACUCAUGGGGUCAGACACAGAGUGAAUCUCCCUCCACACCAUCCCAUCACACUCCCAGGGUCAGACACAGAGUGAAGCUCCCUCCACACCGUCCCAUCACACACUCCCGGGGUCAGACUUUCUCCUCCUCACUCCCUCUGUUCUUUUUCUGUGUUUCUCUUUCUAUCCGUCCAGGUGUCUUAGCUUCUCCUACGUUCGACAGCCAUCUCUUGCUCCAUCUCUGUUCCUCUCUCUCUGUCUCUCUCCUCCUCUUUCUCUCUUUCUCCCCCGUCCAUCACCCUACCCAUCCCACUCCCCCUUUCUCCCUCCUGCUCCCCUCCCCCUCCCUCUUCUUUCUCUUUCUGCUUCCCUCCCACCUCUCUUCAUAAUUUCCCCCUCCCUCCCUGCAUUCUGCCCUUCUCUCUGUUUCUCUGGUGUGUGUCCAUGACCCCAUCAUGUCCUCACCCUCCGCACAUUUGCCAGGACUUGGUGUGUCCGAGAGGGAGACCACCCACGGGGCCCAGGUGUGAGCAAGAGCCCCCCCUCUGGUCUGGCCAGAGACCCUGGCUGUGUGAGGGUGGGGGGUGGAAGGAGAGGGAGGUGUGUGAUGUGGACGGAGGGAGUGUGGGGACUGAGAUCCUCACCCUGUCGCAAAGUCUGGCCGUUCUGAGGACCCAGAGGAGGGUCGGGGGUGGGGGGUGGGGGUUGGGGCAAAAAGAAACCACGAUGUGGGGUGAGAAAAAAAUCAUUGCACGUCCUUUUAUACGAUCCGUGAACAUUGUCAACUGUUGCGUGUUUUGUGUACCUGCGCGUCGCUAUCCAUCGUUCGCAACCGAUCUCCCCCCGGAGGGGCGCAGGCU